UCAUCCAUUUCUUUAUUUGUUCUAAUUCUUUUUGAAAAAUACUACUUUCUUCAAUCUUCAUAGAAGGGAAAUGUACUUUCAAGAACUGUGAAAAUGCAAUUCAUAGCAUGUGUGUAUGUAUGUGGAGAAGGGGUUUGUUUGGAGCCCGAAUGUGUCGUGUGUAUGUAUAUAUAUAUACAGAAACAGAGCUAGAAAGUUGAAACAAAUUUUGGCGCGCAAUUACACAAACACAAUGACGGAGAAGAAACAGAAAGACACGAAGAAGGCUUCAUCCCAAUCGAAACCAUGCAUGUCGAACCAAGAUCGCGGAAAAGCGGUAUUAGAUGAUGAAGAGGAAUCUGAAGAUCCUCCAACGGAGCAAAUCCGAUGCCUCACACUCCACUCACAAAAUUCGCCUAAAUUAGGUGAAUCGUUCAGUUGGAAAAGGUACAGACUAUGGAAGCAAGACAGGUAUCACAGAUCAGCACGACUCGAAAGGCAACUCAAAUCUCUGGAAGAUCGAAUCGACAAACAACUGAAACGAUUCCAAGCCCAAUACUCUCGCGCCAAGAACCCAACACGACCAAAAGAUGUCGCCGAGCUUCUCAUGCCUAAAUCAAGCCCACCUCUGGAACUCGCCACUCUCUCAUGGCUAGGUGACUGGCGCCCAUCUUCCAUUUUGGGCCUCUUUAGCUCCCUCAUCCGAUCUUCACCAACCCUCGCCUCAUCUUUAUCUCACGCAGGUGCCACACAAAAGGCCAUUUCUCAAUUGAUCCAUGACUUGCGGAUCGAAGAAGCUGUCAUCGAUGAAGAAAUGAUGGAGAUUCAAGCCAAUUGCAUUCUCCGAAUCCCUUUCGCAAUCGCUAACGAAAAGCCCAAUGGAUCUACUUUAGAUCAAGUCAAUUCUGAACUCAAAAAAGUCCAUCGUCUCAUCGUCAAGGCCCAAAACUUCAGGACAAAUGCAUUGGAAACGGUGGUGAAGAAGAUUUUGUGCCAGAGUGAUGCGGCGGAGUUCCUGGUGGCGUUCGACGGAAUUCAAGAAACCGUUCACCAGUUUUCGAAAGAUUAUAAGAUGAGAAAAGGUCCGGUAACAGUGCCAUUGAUCUCCGGUUCAGAAAUUGUGGGGGUGGAUAGUGGCUACUCGUUGUGUAAGUUUCUUUGAAAUCAUAGGUACAACUCGUAAAGCGUUUAGUACUACCUCUUAUGCAGUUGCUCUGUUGUCUAUGCAUCGAUAUUGUUCUUUCACAUCAUUCUGUGUAAUCUGUACGUGAAAUUUUUGUUUUGUUUUUUUGUUUUCACAAAGUACAAUAAGUAGUUGGAAAGAAAUAAAUUUUAAUGUUUUUUUUUUUCCAUGUUUAUUAGUUACAUACAAACUAAACAAUGAGUUAAGUGAUAGGUGUUUUGUUUAAAAAAAAAUUAUAAUUUUUCUUAAACUUUCGAUCGUAUGUAUUUCGAUCUCUCUAGAAGAACUAUUAAUAUUUUAAUUUGUGUUUAGGAGUGUAGCUACACCACCCAAUGUGAGGUACUGAGGU